GAAGAUUUAUACAAGUGCGAAAGAAAAUCAAACCAAAAUCCACCAAAUAAAACCAAAAAACUAAGAACGAAAUACGAGUAAAGAAAAGAGCAAACUCCAAGUCUCUCUCUCUCCUUUCUCUUGUGUGAUGUAAAUUCUACAACAAACUCUCAUCUACUCCUCUGAUUCUCUUCUGCUUCCUUUACCUUUUCCUCUUCUCCUUUUUGCAUUCCUCCCAAAUCCGAACUACAAAUAAGUUCGAUUCUCCAAUUUUGAUAGCAGUCAAUCAGCGUUCAAUUGUUUCCUGACGCUAAUUGUUAGUUUUGGUAAAUGCGGAAUGGUGGUACUGCAACUAUGGUUGGUGAAUUUCCCGACGCCGACAUCGAGAAGCAGCAGAACGCAGGGGCGGAGGACGGCGGCGGCGUACCGGAAAAUGCGGCCGAAGGUCAAUCUCAGGACUUGGCUGAGAAAGUAAUUGAAGUGGUGGUCGUGGACUGCGCCAACAAAGCUGAAUCAGUGCCCGAGAGAGAUUCGAAUACUCAUGAAGAGUGCAGGGUAUGCCAGGAGGAAAAUGAAGAAGCCUUGAUCAGUCUUGGAUGUCUAUGUCGAGGCGGUCUUUCGAAAGCACACCACUCAUGCAUAGUGAAGUGGUUUAAUACUCGAGGUUCUAAUAAAUGUGAGAUAUGCCAGCAAGUAGCUGCUAACGUAAUACCUCCUGAUCCUCAGACUAGUUACUGGGUUUGGACAGUUGAUCCAGCCUUUAGAGCUCAAGAUCGCCAAAGGGGGUGUUUUAGUCCUCUUUGGGUGGCAUUUUCCAUUCUUGUUGGUGGGCUGUUGCUGGAUGUGCUGAUUUCCGUAACCCUUGGUGUUUCUGCCCUCCCAGUCAACAUUAUCAUUGGAGUGAUUGUUGUGCUGGGACUUGGAACUGCUCUUCGACUGGGGCUAGAGUUUUGUCAAGAGUGGAAUGUAAGAAGGGUGGUGCAACGGGUAGAAGCAAACGCCACUAUCGGGUACCAUCCCGCAUUGUAAUCCAGACUUUUUACCUGCAUAUUUUAUGAGCGGAUGUGUUGUGUCUUAAGUUAUAAAAAAAGAUCUAGCUUUGUUUACUAAGUUAGGGGUGGUAACUAGUUAGGAGGCUCAUCGAGAGAUCUUUAUUUCAUCUUGCUUCUAUUGCUGACUUGCUGUAUAUAUUAUUUUAUUGUCGCUGAUUUUUUGUGAAUGCAUAGUGAAAGAUCGCUGUAUGUAGUGUUGCUGAUAUUUUCGGCUAUCAUUAAGACAUUAACAGAGAGGCUCAGUUUCAAAAGUUCAAAGGUAUAGUUUGGACCAAUUUUUAAA